UAUUAAUGGCGGAGAGUAGUUAUUUGAUAACGAAUUAUGUUUUCUCAUUAAUUUAACUAGCAAAAAACUUAAUUUUAGUUUUAAAGAGUUCGUGAAAGCUUUAGUUAUUAAAUACGCUUUGCCUGAGUGUGAUAGUAUCUGUUUGAACAAAAAUUGUAUAUUCUGGUUUUAAUAUUAAGAAGUUUGGUUAGGUUAAUUUUCCUCAUGCUGUUGUAGUGUAAAUUAAAGUGUUAAACAUGGCAGAAAAUAGUAAUAAUACUUCGGUUAUGACUGAACUAACUAACUUAAUUCGCGCUUGGGAAGAUGAACAUACACAAGCGAAUUAUGAUCCGGUACCAACACUUACGAGGUUAGCUGAAAUUAUUGAGGUAGAAACUGAAAACUAUCUAAAAAUGGAUCCGGAUCCUUUUGAUGAACGGCAUCCUUCUCGAACGGAUCCAGAAUGUAAACUGGGACAAAUAUUAAAAGCAUUGUUUAGGAAAGACAACUUUAUGAACAAGGUAAACUGUAUGAACAAGCUUGUAAAUGAUUAUUUAAGAGACAGCUAUUACAGUCGUAGUGGUGUAACAGGAAGAGAUGUCAAUCAACUAAACAUUGCCGCAUGUCGUUUGAUGCUUGAUGUAAUGCCAGGUUUAGAAACAUCGGUGGUUUUUCAGCCUGAUAUGGAUAGUUUAAUCCAUCGUUUAAUUAAGUGGGUCAUGAAUUCAAUCGAACCCUUGCAAAGCUAUGCUACUGGACUUCUUGCCGCAGCUAUGGAAAUACCCGAAAUUGCAACAAGAUUUAGAGAACAUAAUAGUAAAUUGGUGCCUUUGUUAUUACAGAGGUUACGUAGAUUGAAAUGUUCCUCUGAAUUUGCACAGCACACCACAGCCAAUUUAAUUAGACCGUUUGCCCAUUUAUCAUCUAUGAGGUCUCCGCCAUACAGAGGUGAUAAUAUUAUUAAGACACCAUCACCUAUAUACAAAUGGGUUCGUGAAAAUGGAAUUUCGAAUUCGACAGAGAGUGAAGGUGAACAAACUUCAUCGAAACCUGAAAAUGUGGAGAACCGUGAAAUAGAUGCAAAAGUGCAAAAGAAGAGAAAAGUCUCUCUAGAUGGUCAGGUGUCUACUCCAUCUAGAUCUGAAAAUUCUGAGUCAUAUGACUUGGAACAAUGUCCAAGAAGGAAAAAAUUAAAACUAGACAAUAACCCCCCUCCGAUAUUCCUCGGCGACAUGAGCCCGCAAAAGGGGGGCGUCUUAUCAGAAACCAGCAAUUCUUCUUGGGCUGAACUAGAAAGUUUCAUGAUAGGUACCGUCCAAAUUUUCCCACCAACUAUAGCCACAAGACAAAUUUUGAUAUUAAGGUACCUAACACCGAUGGGCGAAUACCAAGAAUUUUUAAGCCACGUUUUUGAGAACGAUGCGCUGGAGUUAAUUUUGUGCUACGUUAACGUGAGAUUGACUAAAGAAGCUAGGUUAGCAUUUGAGGCACUUAAAUAUCUUGCCGCAUUGUUAUGCCACAAGAAAUUUUCAAUCGAGUUCAUCCAUUGUAAAGGACUAGAAACGUUAUUAGAAGUGCCUAGACCCUCUAUAGCAGCGACAGGUGUAUCUAUAUGCUUAUACUACUUGGGUUACUGUGAAGAAGCCAUGGAGAGAGUAUGUUUACUACCUAAAUUUAUCAUCAGUAACUUGGUUAAAUAUGCUUUAUGGCUUUUAGAAUGUUCCCACGAUUCAGGUCGAUGCCAUGCUAUAAUGUUCUUUGGACUGACUUUUCAGUUCAAGGUUAUUUUAGAAGAGUUUGAUGCCCAAGAUGGCUUGCGAAAGCUUCAUAACGUGAUUGCUACUUUACCCAUACUUUUACCUGACAAUGACACCGGACAACUGAACGAGGAUCAAGAAGGGGCGGCACGUCAGAUCGUGAGACAUGUAUGUGUGGCUUACCGUCGUUAUUUGGAAGCACACUUGAACGCCAAAGUAGAGUUGAUAAGGCGGUCACAGUUAAGGCCAAAUGAACGGCUAGCCCCGGCUCUGCCUUCUCAGCCUUCAUACAAGGCUUGCAAGUCAUCACCGGAGGAAAUCCAGCAACAAAUCGAUAUGUUAUUUCAGAAUAUGCCGUUUAGGAGCCACUGGGUUCCCGUCGAUCAUCUUUUGAAACUCGGUGGCAUUACUUUGCUGCUAAAGAUUAUCGCUUUUGCUUAUGAGUGGAACUAUAGCGGGAGAGCCGAAACCGUUAGAAGUGCUUUAGAUGUGCUGGCGAUUGCUUGUGUUAUGCCUAAGGUGCAGUUACUGUUUUGCGACAGAGUAGACCUGCCAGAAGAAACUCUAACUGUUGGUCUGAACAUAAUAUUAGGUGCCGCCGAAGGGGAAAUAGUAGCCGAUGCAGACGUGCAAAAGUCGGCUCUUCGAGUUAUCGGAAAUUGCGUUUGUGCCCCCAUCAAUAGGGUCGGCGGCAGUAUGGCGCGAUUUUCUCAAAACGCGACAAAUUCUCCGAACAAAAAGUUAAAAUUUAAGAGUUCGGAAGAACUGAUACAAAAGGUCUGGGAUUGCGUUAGGUCCAAUAGUGGCAUAAUGGUGUUGUUGCAGUUGAUGCAGGUCAAGACGCCCAUAACGGACGCUGACUGUAUAAGGACCCUGGCAUGUAAAGCCUUGGCAGGUUUGGCUAGAUCUGAGACUGUGAGACAAAUUGUUUCCAAAUUGCCUUUGUUUACCAGUGGGCAACUGCAAAACUUGAUGAGAGACCCGAUUCUCCAAGAGAAGAGACAGGAGCAUGUACUGUUCCAAAAAUAUGCUUUGGAAUUGUUGGAAUUGCUCUCUGGGAGGGGAAACCACACUGGUAAUGAAUUGGAAGCAUCGCUGGUUAAUAUUCACAGGGCUAAUGUGGUGGCACAGACAAAAAUUUUGUUCAACGACAGGCAGUUGCUGCAGCUGAUCCACCAGCAUUUAGUUCAGAAGGGCUACACGGACACUGCCGGGAUGUUGGUUAAAGAAGCAAAUUUGAGUAAUGCAAUCACCUCAGUAAGUGCCCAACAUCCUACCAAAUUCAGAUAUUCUUCUACGUUAACACCAACUAGAAUCAGACUGUCAUUCUCUUCGCCAAACAUUCACCGUGCUCUGCCUUCCAUGAAUUCGACUGAAAGUACUUCUAGCGCGGUAGUGAACGGUGCCACGGGGACAUCUCCAGCUACCAUCAAAAUUAUAAAGAAAAAUCAAAACAUAGCGGUUACACCCGUUCCGAAUUCUCGCCUCCAAAAGCAGAUCAGUUGCGAGCCUCACGUGUGGUUGCCUGAAGAUAUUUCUUCAUCAGUGGAGCAGCCUAGAGUUACCUUGGACUCUAUUAUUACUGAAUAUCUAACCAACCAACACGCUCUCUGUAAGAAUCCAAUGGCAACUUGUCCCCAAUUUAACCUAUUCAUACCGCACAAAUGCCCUGACCCAAAACCAAGAAUAACAACUGCAAAUAACUUUGCAAUUAGAUGUGCCAGAAGGUCCAUUGGCUAUCAAUCGAAAACUUUGGACAGGAGAUUCGUACAUUCCAGGUUUUGUCCUGUUCAGACAAUCAGAUCGACAACUGAUGAGGGAUUUUUCACCUGCGCCAAAUUCAUGCCUGGCGAUCACUCAAUAGUGGUAGGGGAUUACAACGGAGAAAUCCACCUGUUCAGCUUACACACAGGCAACGAAAUCCACAUGUUCUCUGCCCACGACAAUUACAUUGUCCAUGUUGAACCAAAUAGAACAGGAGAAUUUAUGCUUACCAGUUGCACGUGGGGUAAACCGGUUUCGGCCUUGUGGAAUAUGAAAACUUACGAAAUGAAAAUCCCUUUUAACGACGAAGAAUACGUGGAGUUCAAUAAAGUAGCGCAGGACAAAAUACUGGGCACUAAGGGGGAGAUAGCCACUAUAUACGAUGCAAACACUGGGAAUUCAAUCAGCCGACUGACCCCUUCCAACAGCAACCAGUAUACAAAAAAUAAGGCGACUUUCAGUUAUAACGAUGAGUUGGUACUUUCCGACGGUGUUUUGUUCGACGUCAGCUCCGGGAAGCAGAUACACAAACUAGACAAGUUGAACCAAACACAGAGUGGAGUCUUCCAUCCUAACGGCUUAGAGAUAGUAUCGAAUACCGAAGUGUGGGACAUCAGAACAUUCCAUCUCCUAAAGACCGUUCCGGUACUCAAUCAGUGUUCCGUGAUAUUUUCUCCUGUAAACACCGCGAUAUAUGCCAUCUCUAUGGAGCAAGAAAUGGAUGACGGAGACUCCACCUUCGAUUCAAGCUUCAAGACUGUGGAUGCUAUUGACUAUUCUAGUAUAACAACAUUUGAUGUUAAAAAAAGUAUUUACGACUUGGCCACUAACCGUUACGACACCCAAAUCGCCAUCGUGGAAAAUCAGGGCAUGUACAAUUCCGUUCAGGAAUCGGUAGUUCGUUUGUACGACGUGGGAAGAAGAAGAGAUGAUGAAGACGAACAGGACGAAGAGGAAGAAGAUGACGAUAUGGGUGGAAGUGAUGAUGACAAUUCCGACAAUGAUGAUCAAGUGGUAUUUUAUUUAGAUGGCGACAACAAUGAUAAUAAUGACAACAAUGACGAUGAUAAUGGGGAUGAUGACGAUGAUAAUGACAGUGAUUCGGAAAGUUGGACUAGUCUCUCGACUGGAAAUGAUAGUUCAAUCGGGACGGAAUCACUUCUAGGAGAUCUACUUUUUGAGUACUAGUAGUAGCUGAUAAGAUCAAAUUUUUGUGUGAUGAGUAAUCUAGUUCUUGAAUGUUGGUGUAUAUAUUUAUAAUGUAAUUGAUUAUAAUUGUCUGAUUUGGGAUCAUACGUUGCUGUGCAAUAGUGCUAAACUAUUUGCACUUAUGAUUUUAUUUAUACAUUUAACGAAAUGCAGAGGUAUUAUUUCUCAUUUGAUUUUACUUUGUCAUCAUGGACUCGAUUUUUACUAUCCUGUCCUGUGCUGUUAAUAUCGUAUUUUUAAUUACAGUUAAUUUUGUAAAUAUUACUUAGAUAUUGUUAAUCACUAAGUUGUGAUUACUUUCACGUACUUGAAGUAA